UCCACUGCAUCCCCCCAAAAGCAAUAGUUCGCUCAUAUGCACUGCAUCUAUUAUUAUGCCCCAGUAAUAAUGGUUAUGCCAUGUUACCGAUGUGUCACGUCUACAUGUCCAAGUUUCCCCCAUGGCAAGCAUAAAUAGCCCGACUGCAACACUUACCGCACCACUACUCUCUCUCUCUCUCCUCCCCCUCCUCCCUUUUGCUUCGCUUGGGCUCGGCUCGCACCCUUCCGCUUCCUCCGCCGGAGCUCCACGAACGGAUAAGGCUGGAUACGAAGUCCCCCAUUUUUCUCUCACUCUAAUCUGUGUUUGGAUAAGAGCGAUAGAAUCCCUCUGAUCCAUUAACUACCAACAGCUCAGGAAGAAUAUCCCAUGCUCGCCAAAUCUCGUCUCUCUCCUCCUUCUUCAUUUACCUUCCCUUGCCUUCCCUUCUCCUCCUGGAGUCCGAAGCCAAGGUGCUCGCGGUAACCUCCAGGACUGCUAGAGACUGGUUAGUCCUCGUGCCGAAAGCUGAUCGGGAGUGGGCCUCUGUGGAUGACUGUCGGAUGGAGGCUGAAUGCAAGAGUGUCCACGAUCCGUUCUACUGUCAUCACCAACGAGGCAACUUCAGCCGCCAUUUCAUGUCGAUGAAGCCUGCGAUGAUCGGCGCCAAGGCGGAGCGGCGCGUGCUUUUCCCGGGGCCUAUCGUCGUCGGGGCUGGGCCGUCGGGGUUGGCUGUCGCCGCCUGCCUGAAGGACAAAGGCAUUCCCAGCUUGAUCUUCGAACGAUCCAACUGCAUCGCAUCGCUGUGGCAACUCCGGACGUACGACCGCCUCCGCCUCCACCUCCCGAAGCGGUUCUGCGAGCUCCCCCUGUUGCCGUUCCCCUCGUGGUUCCCGACGUACCCCACCAAGCAGCAGUUCGUCGCCUACCUCGAGGCCUACGUCCGGCAAUUCGACAUCCAGCCCGUGUUCAACGCCUCGGUGGUGGCCGCCGAGUACGACGCCGCCGCCGGCUUCUGGAGGGUGAGGACGGUGUCGUCGGGAGGAGGAAGCGAGAAGGAGAGGACCGAGUACGUGUGCCGGUGGGUGGUGGUGGCUACUGGCGAGAACGCCGAGGCCGUCGUGCCGGAGAUCGCCGGGUUGGAAGAAUUCAAGGGGCCCGUCGUGCACACAAGCUUGUACAGGAGGGGCGACGUGUACCGCAACAAGAGAGUGCUCGUCGUCGGCUGCGGCAACUCGGGGAUGGAGGUCUCCUUGGAUCUCUGCAACCACAAUGCGCACCCUUCCAUGGUCGUAAGAGACUCGGUGCACAUCCUGCCCCGGGAGAUGCUCGGCCGCUCCACGUUCGGGCUGUCCAUGUGGCUCCUCAAGUGGCUCUCCGUGAAGACGGUGGAUCGAUUCCUGCUGCUCGUCGCACGCCUCGUGCUCGGUGACACAUCAAAAUUUGGCCUCCGCCGGCCCCAGCUAGGCCCCCUCGAGUUGAAAUCCCACUCCGGCAAGACCCCGGUCCUCGACGUCGGCACCCUAGCAAAGAUCAAGUCUGGGGACAUUAAGGUGCGCCCUGCCGUAAGGCGGAUCAUGGAACAUGGAGCAGAAUUCGCCGAUGGCACGGUGGAAGAAUUCGACGUGGUAAUCUUGGCAACCGGCUACCAGAGCAACGUACCUCGUUGGCUACAAGAGAGGGAGUUCUUCUCGGAGAAGGAUGGGUUGCCGAGGAGGCCAUUCCCAAACGGAUGGAAAGGGCGGAACGGACUCUACGCGGUCGGCUUCACCAAACGAGGCUUGCUUGGAGCAUCACUGGAUGCAUUGAGGAUUGCUCAAGAUAUCGAGCUAUGCUGCAAGACCGACGAGAACUGUCGCUAAUGGCCUCCUCUCGCCUACCAACAUGAUACAGUGGUGUUUGGAUCGGUGAACAAGAAGGUAAGAGAUCGAAAAGGAAGGGGUUUUCAUGGUUUCACCGGCAAUAUGUUUAUAUGUAUAUGCUUUUCUUUUUCUUUUCCUUGCU